UGCUACCUUACACAUGUGCAAUUUAUGUAAACAAACAAACGUGUUAACAUUGCAUAAUAUUAUAAAUCAACACAUUUGAAUAUAAAGUUACAAAGUUUUUUGUUCGAUACCUAAGUAAACAAUUAUGGCGGAAAAACGCGACAGAGAUUUUGACAUUACAAAAGACUCUGAGAAAGAAACCGUCGAAAAACAUCCUCGCCUUGACAAGAAUCAGGACUUAGCUGAGCCUGAGGAUGAUGAACGUUACGACGACGGUGGUGGCGGCGACACCGAAAAUAUCUACGGCAAAUACGAGUAUCUGGAUCAUACGGCAGAUGUACAGCUACAUGCUUGGGGAGAUUCACUAAAGGAAGCCUUCGAACAGGUUGUUCAGGCAAUGUUCAACUACAUGACAACAGAUUUCUCCACUGUGGAAAUGACUGAAGAGCAAGAGGUUGAGGCAGAAGGCGAUGACAUGGAAUCACUUCUAUUUCACUUCAUGGAUGAAUGGCUUUUCGCAUUCUGUGCUGAACCCUACUUUAUCCCCAGGAAAAUUGAGAUUACAGAAAUGGAUUUGGAAAAUUUUAAAAUCAAGUCUAAAGGGUAUGGUGAGGAGUUUGACUUAGAAAAACAUCCACAAGGCACUGAAGUAAAGGCAAUCACAUACUCCAACAUGCAAAUCUACGAUAACGACAAGAAACACGAGGUGUUUGUUAUCAUUGAUAUAUAACCAUUACAAGGCAACUUAUCAUCUCGCGUUGGACCAAAUAUGUCAGAUUACGGUGUUUGUUAAAGCUUGUAUUAUAUUUAAAAUCAUUUAUCGAAUUAAUCGAUCACUUAUUGAAUUAAUCGUGUUAUUUGCAAAAUCAAACUCACUGUGUCUGAAGUGACCUAUGAAAAAAAUUGUUUUGAAAUAAAUAAUAUUGCUUCUUGGAUUUACCCGUUGGAAUAAGAGAUCGUAUAAAAUGAUUGUCGAUAAGAAAGUCCUUAGAUAGUGUUUUGAACGUGACACAAGUCUAUAACAUUGUUGAUGUUUUACAUUUGAUAUAUUCAUCAUGACGUGGAUCCAUAUUAAGUAACUUCUUGAGCCUGAGUAACAGAAAACUGAAUUCUUAAAUGCUUCAAAAUAUCUAUUAUAUAACUUAUGUUGACAAAAGAUGUGUGCCUGGUUGUUGAACAGAUUAUUUGUUAUGAAUACAUAGCAUAAAACAACACAAUUAAAACAUUGCUAUUCUGAGUCCCAAACUCAGACUUGGGACGUUAGUGUAUCGGACCCGGUCGUUUAUCAUUGGUAUUUGAGAUAACUUAAUGAACUUGAAGUGAGAGGGACUCGCUCAUGUUUUGGACCAAAAAUUACCGGUAUAUCCAAAUUGCAGAAAUUAUACAAUUAUAGAAUAGACAAAGUAUUUCUGGGUUUACUGGGGUGUGAACCCUUGCCAGCCAGUAAAGCCAAGAAAAAAACAACAGAUGCCUUUACCACUAGGCCACCAUUUACUUAUUUAAAAGCGAUGGAUAUUUUGACCUUUUAACAAAGCAUUGAUAACAUAACAGGAUAAUUUCUUGCCACAACGAUUCACCCAUAGCUGUUAUUAUUGCUAAUGAAAAUUUUGGUAUUCAAAGACGAUAUUUAAGCAAAUAUGAACAUUUGCUGAAGGGUUCUAGCUUUUUAUAUCUAAGUUUAACACUCCUGAUGAUUUGCCGAACUUAAUUUCGUCAUACAAAAAAGUGCAUUUAACAAAAAUAUGAGCAAGUCCCUUUAAUAUGUUUUUUUCAUUUUAAUUGCCUAAUAUAUUUGAUACCAAAUGUAUAUAAGAUAUUUUGUGUGAAUUUUUAGUAUUAUCUAAUACUGACAUUUAAGGCAUUAUAAUUAUGUAUAUAUGACUAUUUUCCAUGUUUGAUAUUUUAAAUGAUGCAUAUUGGUUUUUGACAAAUAAAUAAUGAUAAUUUA